CAAGUAGGAAGCUUUUUGCACUCCACCACCUCUGGCCGCUGGGAAGACGUCAUCGCUUCCGCCCUACUUCCUCCUCCUGUUGGCGGCGGCGAUCUCCGGAGAUGUGAAGAAGGGGGGUGAGCGGACAGGAAGAUGAAGGGAGCAAAGCUGCCCGCCGCGGGACAGGCGUCUAGGUGAACAAGAAAAUGACUGAAGAAACACACCCGGACGAUGACAGCUAUAUUGUGCGUGUCAAGGCUGUGGUUAUGACCAGAGAUGACUCCAGCGGGGGAUGGUUCCCACAGGAAGGAGGCGGGAUCAGUCGCGUCGGGGUCUGUAAAGUCAUGCACCCUGAAGGCAAUGGACGAAGCGGCUUUCUCAUCCAUGGUGAACGACAGAAAGACAAACUGGUGGUAUUGGAAUGCUAUGUAAGAAAGGACUUGGUCUAUACUAAAGCCAAUCCAACAUUUCAUCAUUGGAAAGUCGAUAAUAGGAAGUUUGGACUUACUUUCCAAAGCCCCGCUGAUGCUCGAGCCUUUGACAGGGGAGUGAGGAAAGCAAUCGAAGACCUCAUAGAAGGCUCAACAACAUCAUCUUCCACCAUCCAUAACGAAGCUGAGCUUGGUGACGAUGACGUUUUUACAACAGCUACAGACAGUUCUUCUAAUUCCUCUCAGAAGCGGGAACAACCCACUCGGACAAUCUCCUCUCCCGCAUCCUGUGAGCACCGGAAGAUUUACCUGGGCCACCUCCACGACCCAUACCCCAUGGACCACUAUCACCUCGACCAGCCAAUGCCAAGGCCCUACCGCCAGGUGAACUUCCCGGACGACGACGAGGAGAUCGUGCGCAUCAACCCCCGGGAGAAGAUCUGGAUGACAGGUUACGAGGACUACCGGCACGCACCGGUCCGGGGCAAAUACCUGGACACCUCGGAGGACGCGGACUCGUACGUACGCUUCGCCAAGGGCGAGCUGCCCAAGCACGACUACAACUACCCCUACGUGGACUCCUCAGACUUUGGCCUGGGCGAGGACCCCAAAGGCCGUGGGGGCGGGGUGAUCAAGACGCAGCCCAGCCGCGGCAAGUCCCGGCGGCGGAAGGAGGACGGCGAACGGUCCCGGUGCGUGUACUGCAGGGACAUGUUCAACCACGAGGAGAACCGGAGGGGCCGCUGUCAGGACGCGCCCGACCCCGUGAGAACUUGCAUCCGCCGGGUGAGCUGUAUGUGGUGCGCGGACAGCAUGCUCUAUCACUGUAUGUCGGACCCCGAGGGGGACUAUACAGACCCUUGCUCGUGCGACACUAGCGACGACAAGUUUUGCCUCCGGUGGAUGGCUCUUAUUGCCUUGUCUUUCUUGGCGCCCUGUAUGUGCUGUUACCUGCCGCUGCGGGCCUGCUACCACUGCGGAGUGAUGUGCAGGUGCUGUGGCGGGAAGCACAAAGCAGCUGCGUGACUCAGUCUCCCCCCCCCCGCCCCCGCCCCACUCCUCCAUCGACAGCCACAAGGGAACUUGUUUCCUACGUACUCUCAUCUUCUCCACACCGCUUUCCACUCCAAGGAGCAGGGAGAGCAAGAGGCCUCCCUGCACUCUGGUACCUGGAGGCACCAUUCCGGCCUGGGGAACCCGCUGGUGGAUGCUCCAGUCACCCCCGCCAGCCACACCGCCCCAGCCGCACGCCCACACACGCUCGCACAGUGUUCUAAGGAAAGGAACCUUCAGCAUAGAUUCUUGUGUAUUCUUAACGAUCUGUAAUCAAGCUAACUGUCUUAUCCAUGUGUUGAUUUCCUGUCUUUCCUCUCACCUCUUCCAGCUCAAAGGAGUCUGCCGUCGGAACUGCCGAUUUGGGAGGGUUUUGUAGUCAAUUUUUCCAAGAGCAUGGAAGACCAUCUCUUGGUUCAGCUUGCCUGUUGCUAGCAUCAGGUUCCUGCAGAAAUGUAAUGUCAGAAUGAUGAAACCCUAACAAGUAUUUUAACCUGCAGUCAGUUAUUAUGUAUAGGAGGUGAGCUAGUUAACCAGCUUGUACCACAAAACAAUAUCGCUUUAACUUUUCUAAAGCCAAAUUACUCACGUUUAAGCCACAGUUUCUAUCUUUAGCCUAUCAUCAUUUUCUGUCUCCCAAAGAAUUUGUCAAAAUUAUUCACUGAUGCAAAACAUUCACCCUUAAAAUGACUGAGAAUUGAGCCUUAACUUCAGAUUAACUUGUGAGGAUCAGGAAAAUUACUUAAACUCAUCACAUCCCCUUGGACCAGGGUGGGGAAAGGGGAUUUCAGGUUUCUAUGAGCCUCCCCAGUUACCCCUAAAAGUAGAACUUUUUAAAAUGGUGUCACCACCACUUCUAAAAAUUUAGCAAUAUUGGAAUAAGACACUUAUGAAGUAAGAAGCUUUGCUCAUUGUUUUGCAAACCAAAUAAUCUAUUCAAACACAAACCAGUGUUCUGCGAACAAGUUCCAGUUGAGAAACACUAUGGUUGUGAAUAAAACUAUAGGAGCUCCUCUCCCUCUCCCCACCCCGUGGCUAUUUUAUAUUAACCAGGGGGAGGGGGAUUUUAAUUGUCAUAAAUUUGAAGAGUGGUGGGUUGCAUUUUGUUUGUGGGUUUAUGUUUUGGGUUUCCUUUUGGACUCAACUUCAUGUCUCCACAUUCAUUUAUACUUGGGAAAAAACAAGGCCAUAUAUAAAAACCCUUCCAAUGCCUAAGUGUCUUUCUCCUGAAACUUCAAACCCAGGCUUGCCACUUUGGGUGCACAGAUGGUUAGGUCAGCCGACUGGUUCUGCCUGUCACCUUGCCAUAUAGGAGGCUUCUAAUUAGAUUGGAAAAGAGUGUUUUUCUAAUAUAUUGCAAGGACUAGCCAAAUCUCAUUGACGGAAGCAGAAAAGUGAAGAGCGGUUGCCUGUACCUAGCAUAGUACAAUCAGAACCUCGUGGAGACCACAGGGGACAGGCUUGCCAAGCUGGCCUUUCUUCCUGCCAUGAUCUUUCUGUGGUAAUUGCCAGCUAAAGGCACGGCCAGUCCCCUCUCCUCCCUUUCCCCAUCCCUUCUUUAUUGCACACAGGACAGCAGUCUUCAAGCAAAAGGACUUUUUUCCAGCCUGCCGAUUGUAUUGGGAAAAUGCUAGCCAUCCUUAACGUUCAUGGGAAUGUUUUCAGCUCAUUGAGAGCCCAUCACGUUUCUUUAGACAGAUCAUCGGUGUAAAUACCCAAUGUGCUUAUGAGUUGGUUGGCAGAUGCUUUCAUUUGUUGGAGUAACUGGUUUGGGCUUUCAGUUUGGAAAAGAAGCAGAAAGCUGUCCAUCCGGAUUGACAGAAGAAAAGAGAACCACUUCCAUGGUAGAGAACAUCUAGAAAACCUUCAGCCAGUCUCCAAUGCUGUUGAGAGACCAUCAUCCUCCCGCCCCCGCCCCCGCCUUGAGGUAUUUCCUCGGGGUCUUUCUCUAAGGUCUCCUCUCUACAAAGCACAACACUAAUGUGUGUUUCGUUACACCUCCGUUCAGGUGCCCCUAUUUAUUUCAAUAAGAACACACACAUCCCAGCUGCUUUUUGUUUGUCGUCUCUAUUUUGUUGUUUUGUUUCUAUCUUCCUUUACCCCUUGUCCUUUUCUACCCCUUUUAGGAGUUAUACUAGUGAAUCUUACUCCUCAUAUACUUUUUGGUUUGUGAAGGCAGCGGUUAAGGGCACAAGGACAGCCAUGGGGACAUUUAUGUAAAUACGUCUCACUAAUUGCCACACUGCAGCUGAACAGUGUGUAGGAUUUUCCCAGUCAGCUUGGGCAUACUGACGUUAAUCAUUUGAGAGAAAUUAUCCAGAUUUUAUUUUUGUAUCUGUGGUAACAAAACAUUAACCAGAAGACUUUUCUGUUCAGAAGCUUCCCUGACCGCCCCUCCCCCCAACCCCAAGCUAUUUGCUCACAUUAACAAAUUAAAGUGCCUGAAGCAAAAUUCAUUCUUUACCUGUAUACUAAAAAAACCCUGUUGUAUUGAUUUUUUUAUAAUAAGCCUUUUUACCUCUGUGUAAAAAAUAUAUAUACAAGUGUAUGAUGUACAUUUUAGUUCUUAACUUUUUUUUAUGGUUUCU